UGCCUGCAGUCAGAAAGCCAGCUGCCCAGCUGGUGGCUGGAGCAGCUGAAAUGGAGAGAAUAUAGAGUGACACAGUGGGAGAUGACAUUCAGUAAUUACUUUGGUUCCUGAAAACUACUCUUAAUUUCUGUCCCUUAGUCCUUAAGGAUCCAAGGAUUCUGUAGCUACAAUGUUGUCAAGACUUUUCCGAAUGCAUGGCCUUUUUGUGGCCUCCCAUCCCUGGGAAGUCAUAGUGGGGACGGUGACAUUGACCAUCUGUAUGAUGUCCAUGAACAUGUUUACUGGUAACGAUAAGAUCUGUGGUUGGAAUUAUGAGUGUCCCAAGUUUGAAGAGGAUGUUUUAAGCAGUGACAUCAUAAUUCUGACAAUAACACGAUGCAUAGCGAUCCUGUAUAUUUACUUCCAGUUCCAGAAUUUACGUCAACUUGGAUCAAAAUAUAUUUUGGGUAUUGCUGGCCUCUUCACGAUUUUCUCAAGUUUCGUAUUCAGUACGGUUGUCAUUCAUUUCUUGGAUAAAGAAUUGACAGGCUUGAAUGAAGCUUUGCCCUUUUUCCUACUUUUGAUUGACCUUUCCAGAGCAAGUGCACUAGCAAAGUUUGCCCUCAGUUCCAACUCACAGGAUGAAGUGCGGGAAAAUAUUGCUCGUGGAAUGGCAAUUUUAGGUCCCACGUUCACCCUUGAUGCCCUUGUAGAAUGUCUUGUGAUUGGAGUUGGAACCAUGUCAGGGGUGCGUCAACUUGAGAUUAUGUGCUGCUUUGGCUGCAUGUCAGUUCUUGCCAACUACUUUGUGUUCAUGACUUUCUUCCCAGCUUGCGUUUCCUUGGUUUUAGAGCUUUCUCGGGAAAGCCGUGAGGGUCGUCCGAUUUGGCAGCUGAGCCAUUUUGCUCGAGUUUUAGAAGAAGAAGAAAAUAAGCCAAAUCCUGUUACUCAGAGAGUUAAGAUGAUUAUGUCUCUAGGCUUGGUUCUUGUUCAUGCGCACAGUCGCUGGAUAGCUGAUCCUUCGCCUCAAAACAGUACGGCAGAAAAUUCUAAGGUUUCUUUAGGAUUGGAUGAAAGUGUGUCCAAGAGAAUUGAACCAAGUGUUUCCCUCUGGCAGUUUUAUCUCUCUAAAAUGAUCAGCAUGGAUAUUGAACAAGUUAUUACCCUUAGUUUAGCUCUCCUUCUGGCUGUCAAGUACAUCUUCUUUGAACAAGCUGAGACAGAAUCUACACUCUCAUUAAAAAACCCUAUCACAUCUCCUGUAGUGACCCCCAAAAAAGUCCCAGAUGAUUGUUGUAGACGUGAACCUAUACUGGUCAGAAAUAGCCAGAAACUCCAUGCAGUGGAGGAAGAGACCAGGAUAAACAGAGAAAGAAAAGUUGAGGUCAUAAAACCCUUAGUGGCAGAAACUGACACCUCCAGCAGAGCUACAUUUGUGGUUGGCAACUCUUCCUUACUUGAUACUUCACUGGAACUGGAGGCACAGGAACCUGACAUUGAACUUCCCAUCGAGCCUCGGCCUAAUGAAGAAUGUCUACAGAUACUUGGGAAUGCAGAGAAAGGUGCAAAAUUCCUUAGUGAUGCUGAGAUCAUCCAAUUAGUUAAUGCUAAGCAUAUCCCAGCUUACAAGUUGGAAACUCUGAUGGAAACCCAUGAACGAGGUGUAUCUAUUCGCCGACAGUUACUGUCCAGAAAACUUCCAGAGCCUUCUUCUCUCCAGUAUCUACCUUACAGGAACUAUAAUUACUCCUUGGUGAUGGGAACUUGUUGUGAGAAUGUUAUUGGAUAUAUGCCCAUCCCUGUUGGGGUGGCAGGACCUCUGUGCUUGGAUGGAAAAGAAUACCAGGUGCCGAUGGCGACAACAGAAGGUUGUCUUGUGGCCAGCACUAACAGAGGCUGCAGAGCAAUAGGUCUUGGUGGAGGUGCCAGCAGCCGAAUCCUUGCAGAUGGGAUGACCCGUGGCCCAGUGGUGCGUCUCCCCCGUGCUUGUGACUCCGCAGAGGUGAAGGCCUGGCUGGAGACACCUGAAGGGUUCACAGUGAUAAAGGAGGCUUUUGACAGUACCAGCAGAUUUGCACGUUUACAGAAACUUCAUAUGAGUAUGGCUGGUCGCAACCUUUAUAUCCGUUUCCAGUCCAGGUCAGGUGAUGCCAUGGGGAUGAACAUGAUUUCAAAGGGCACAGAGAAGGCACUUUCGAAACUUCAGGAGUAUUUCCCUGAAAUGCAGAUUCUAGCAGUCAGCGGUAACUAUUGUACUGACAAGAAACCUGCAGCUGUAAAUUGGAUAGAGGGAAGAGGGAAGUCUGUGGUUUGUGAAGCUGUCAUUCCAGCCAAGGUUGUCAGAGAAGUAUUAAAGACGACUACGAAAGCUAUGAUUGAGGUCAACAUUAAUAAGAAUCUGGUGGGCUCUGCCAUGGCCGGGAGCAUUGGAGGUUACAACGCCCAUGCGGCGAACAUCGUAACCGCCAUCUACAUUGCCUGUGGACAGGUGAGGGCUCCAGCCUCUCCUUCUCUUGUCUUGGGUUGUUCUAAGUUGAGAGAAGUUUUAUACUUCUCCUUUUUAUUUUUUCAGGAUGCAGCACAGAAUGUUGGUAGUUCAAACUGUAUUACUUUGAUGGAAGCAAGCGGCCCCACGAAUGAAGAUCUGUAUAUCAGCUGCACCAUGCCGUCUAUAGAAAUAGGAACUGUGGGCGGUGGAACCAACCUGCUCCCUCAGCAAGCUUGUUUGCAGAUGCUAGGUGUUCAAGGAGCAUGCAAAGACAACCCUGGGGAAAAUGCCCGGCAGCUUGCCAGGAUCGUGUGCGGUACAGUAAUGGCCGGGGAAUUGUCACUGAUGGCAGCGUUGGCAGCCGGACAUCUUGUCAAAAGUCACAUGAUUCUCAACAGGUCAAAGAUAAACUUACAAGACCUUCAAGGAACUGGCACUAAGAACACUGCUUGAAUAGUCUGACAGAUCUGAACUGAAACACGGGCAUUGGGUUCUAAAGGACUAACAUAAAAUCUGUGAAUUAAAAAGCUCAGUGCGGUGUUAUGUUGAGGAUGAAUAGACAUGAUCUGUGAGGUGACUGCUUGGUGUUUGGCUCUUUCAGGGAUCCUUCUUUCCAUGUAGAUUUCUCGGAUCUGAAAAUAGUAUAGUGCUUUAUGUGCUGUGCUCUCUGGAAGGAAAGAUCUCAACAUGGAUAUCAUGCUCUGAACAUCACAGAUUGUAACCUACAGCUCACUUCUGAAAGAGAAUACAAGAUGGAAACAAGUGUUUUCUUUUGAUGAAAUCCAUGGAGUUCGUGGUGAUCAGUGUGAGAUUGACCCUUCUCUCCAUCCUCCCCUCCCUCCUGGUUGAAAAUGGAGUUUUAAAUUAUACUGUAGCUGACAAACUGAUUUCAUAAUUAAUUUAUUGAGUCUGGGUUAUAGAACUUAAAUAAGAGCUAAGUUUAUUUUUUGUAAACUAAUAAUUCAUUUGGUGCUGGUCUAUUUUGAUUUCUUUUUGGGUAGGCAUUGUGAUUCUUCAGAAGGAUACCUACUUUCUUCAAGGGAAGAAUUACUCUUAUUCCCAAACUACUGAAUAAUGUGCUAAGCAGUGCUAAUAGUUCUCUGUCAAGAAAACAAAUCACUGCAUUCAUCUCUGUAGGCUAUUUGUUCAGAGAGGCCUCUUGUCUAAAUAUAAAUGUCUGUCUAGAUUGCUAGAACAUUUCUUGUAGUGUGAGGCUUUAAGAAACAAGAGUUUUGCACUCUUUAAAUAUACGAGAGCUCUUAAUAUUGCUUAGACAAAGGGGACUCUCUUUAUCAAGAACGUACAAGUCUGACCUCUCAGCUCAGAGGUUGGAAAACACAGGCUUGAAAAAAAUGCCGUUUCUCUAAGCCAACUUUAAUUUCUUAAAAGACUUAAGUUUAUUUAGCUGAAAAAUCUAGGUGGUUUUUUUGUAAAGAACUGUAUCAAAUCUGUAUAUGUUGUAAUAAAACUUCUUAUGCUAGGAGUUUAUUGAAAGUGUUCAAGAAAUAAAAAUCAACUUGUAUACUGAUAAGACACUCUAAGCUUGGGCCAGAAAACAGAGUUGUUUAAUGUUGUCCAGGAAACCCUGGCUUGCCUUUCAAGCCCAGUGAAAGGGAAAGUCAACUUUCAGAGCCAGUGAAGGUGCCACAUGAAUGGCCCUGGAGGAGCGUACUUUGUUCCUGUGGCCAGGAGGUUGGUGACCAAAACAUUCACACAAGGCUCUUCGGAUAGACCCAUAAAGGCUCUUUGCUUCCUCAGGGGGUCAGCAGAGUUGUUGAAUCUUAACGUUUUUUUAAUGUACAAGUUUUGUAUAAAUAAUAAAGAACUCCUUAUUUUAUAUUACAUCUAAUGUUUCAAGUGUUGGUCUUGGAGAGAGAAGAUGGACUCUGAAGAACAUCCCAGUAAUGCCGUGGCAGCAUGGAGAGCCUCUGAGUGAUUGUGUCUGCAUUACUGUUGUGGAAGAUUGACCUUUGCUGUUGUAUGUAAAGUUUAAAUUGCUUCCAUUGUGACUUGCAGCCAGUGACUUCUUAUUUAUCCGAACUUUUCAUGGAAGUGGCAGUGAAAAGUGUGAGUCUUCAUUCUGGUGACUGUAACCAAUAUUGUCUUGCUAAAUGAAUGUUUUGUACAAUUACUAAAUUGUAUACAUUUUGUUAUACUUUUUUCCCAGUUCCAGUAAAUUAUGAAAAGGAGGUUAAUAUUGA